UCCGGGCAAGCUUUGUUUAACCAACGCCCUUUGCACAGCUCAGACCCGAAGGACGACGGACCGUUAGCGAGUUAGCGAGCCUCACUACUCAGUCGCCGACGCCGCCGCCGAUUCAGUGGUGACUCGUUCCGAUUCCUAUUCCGACCUUCCUUUUCGGCUUUGAUCCCGUGAGAUCCGAGUAAUUAACAGGAAAAACAAAGGGCAAAUAGAAAAUGAAGGCGCUUAUUCUUGUCGGAGGUUUUGGCACACGUUUGAGGCCACUGACACUUAGUGUCCCCAAGCCACUUGUUGAUUUUGCUAACAAACCCAUGAUCCUGCAUCAGAUAGAGGCUCUUAAAGCUAUUGGAGUUACCGAAGUAGUUUUGGCCAUCAAUUACCAACCAGAGGUGAUGUUGAACUUCUUGAAGGACUUUGAGACAAAACUUGGAAUCAAGAUCACUUGCUCACAAGAGACCGAACCACUUGGCACAGCUGGCCCUCUGGCUCUUGCCAGGGACAAAUUGAUAGAUGAUUCUGGUGAGCCAUUUUUCGUCCUUAACAGUGAUGUCAUCAGUGAAUACCCACUUAAGGAAAUGAUUGACUUCCACAAGGCCCAUGGAGGAGAGGCCUCCAUAAUGGUGACAAAGGUGGACGAGCCAUCAAAGUACGGUGUGGUUGUUAUGGAAGAAUCAACCAGGAAGGUUGAGAAAUUUGUGGAAAAACCAAAAUUAUUUGUUGGGAACAAAAUCAAUGCUGGAAUUUACCUGUUGAAUCCUUCAGUUCUUGAUCGAAUAGAGCUGAGGCCCACCUCGAUUGAGAAGGAGGUCUUUCCAAAAAUUGCAGCAGAACAGAAGCUCUAUGCAAUGGUACUGCCAGGGUUUUGGAUGGACAUUGGACAACCAAGGGACUAUAUUACCGGCCUCAGACUUUACCUGGAUUCAUUGAGGAAGAAAUCUUCCUCUAAGUUGGCAACUGGUUCCCACAUUGUGGGGAAUGUUAUCGUAGAUGAGACAGCCAAAAUUGGCGAGGGAUGCUUGAUCGGGCCUGAUGUUGCAAUUGGCCCUGGCUGUGUUGUUGAGGCAGGAGUUAGGCUCUCACGUUGCACUGUAAUGCGUGGAGUCCGCAUCAAGAAGCAUGCUUGCAUUUCCAGCAGUAUCAUUGGUUGGCACUCCACUGUUGGACAAUGGGCACGUGUGGAGAACAUGACUAUCCUCGGAGAAGAUGUCCAUGUCAGUGAUGAAAUCUACAGCAACGGAGGUGUGGUUUUGCCGCACAAGGAGAUCAAGUCUAGCAUUUUGAAACCAGAGAUUGUCAUGUGAGGGCUUGUUGCUUAAAUUAGUAGUCUGGUUUAGGCAGUAAGUUAUCUUUGUCUCAAAUGCGUUCGUUCUUUUUUUUUUUGGUCUACUUUUCUCCUACACAGUUUAAACCUCAGCUUCUGCUGCUCCGCCUGAUGUGUGUCAUAACGUUGGAGGGUCCGUGUCCUCUGAAAUCGUUGUUGUGAAAUGUGUUACUUAAUGUAUAUAGAAAUAAGUCGUCAGUUGGUUCUGGGAUGUGUAAUUUAUUAUUUAUAUAUCAUGGAUGAGUUAAUAAAUGUAUCAUUUUGUUCUUUUUAA